AUGUGCCCCGCAGGUUUGUUUUUGCAAGAUGUCUUGUCGUGCGUGUCUGCUGCAUCCCCCUUUGUCUUCCGACCCGGCUGGCGCAGCGGCGCCCGCGCCCGCGCCUGCGCGUGCGCCACCAGUCUGGCUCCACUCGCCCCGCGCCGCGCCGCGGCGUACGCAGCCGGGUCGGCUGGUGUGCUGCUCGAUUGCGAGCUUCAGGCAGCUGUAGUGCUCGUAGCAGCGGGGCUCAAGAGGCUGGUGUCGAUGCAAACGGGGGUCAGUCGGAGCGCCGGAUCCUGCCGGAUCUUGCAGAGCCAGGGGUGCAUUGAAAUUUGA